AGCCUUUCUCUUUGUCUUCUUAUUCAUAUUUUUAUUAUUAUUAUAUUAUUUAAUUAUUAUAACUCCCCUCAAAUUUCAUAAAAUAUUAGUAAACCCUUAAUUAUUUAAUGGUAUGUUACUAUGUUUUUGUCCCAAUUUUACCCAACUGUCUCUUCCAUUGUUUUUUUACAACAAUUAAUUAUUUAGGCUGUUUUUUUCAAUAAAUCAUGUUCCAUGAGUCAAUUUCCAAUUUUUAAUUAAUGGGUAGGUAGCAAAUUUUGCGGCUGACCAGAUAUAUAAUAACCCAGGUGAUACAGUAUCUUUUUCUGUUAAUGAAGUUAUAAUAGUUCAAGAAUUUUUAUUUUCUGGGUUUCUUCAAGUUAAAAAUUUAGUCGUAAUCAUAAUCUGGAUAUAAUGUGUACGAUGAUGAUGAAGCUUCAACCUUUCAUGUCACCUUUAUAUUUUCUGAUUUAUUUUAUUAAAUUUGAACUUAGAAUGGUCAUUUUCUUGCUUUUCUGGGUUAAGCAUAUUUAGGUCUAGGAAGUCUAAUGUUAGACAAUUUUUUAUUGUAUUUUUGAAAUCUAUCUUUGUGUAAGUAUUCCACUAAGCUUCAAAUGGGGUUUUUCUGCUUUAAUCAUCCAUUUUCAUGUUCUUGGUUGCCCUAAUUUUUUCCUUUCAUUAGAUUCCUUGUUAAAAUUUUUAUAAAAAAAAUUUUUUAUAAAAAAAUUACUUUUAUACAUAGUGUCCUUUGUUGGGGGAGUGAGGGAAUCAAGUUCGAUGCUUUCUUGGGCAUUUCUUAAUUUUGUAUUCUUAUUCUGUUUCUGGAUUGUAAUGACUGAAGGAAGAAGAAAGCUGAUUCCAAUGGAUGAGUGUAAUUUAUAACUGAGGCUGAUUCCGGUGAAGUUCAGUUUUGUGUCUAAUUUCACUAUGAAGCUGGUUCAUAUUGUGCCAUGGUUGGGAAUUCUUCAUAUCAUGAUGCUCUUUGAAGGCACAUCUGGGUUGGAUAAUAUAAACCUUGGUGCUAUCUUUACUCUUGGCACCAUAAAUGGCAAGGUUUCGAAGGUUGCGUUGGAAGCUGCUGUCGAUGACAUAAAUUCCGAUCCUAGGAUACUUAAGGGUUAUAACCUGUCUCUCCAAAUUCAUGAUUCCAAUUACAAUGGAUUCCUCAGCAUCAUGGGAGCAUUGCAGUUUAUGGAGACAGAUACUGUUGCUAUUAUAGGCCCUCAGACAUCCAUCAUGGCUCAUGUACUUUCUCACCUAGCAAAUGAACUCCAUGUUCCAAUGUUGUCAUUCACCGCGCUUGAUCCUACAUUAUCACCGAUCCAAUACCCUUACUUUUUCCAAACAGCCCCUAAUGAUCAGUUUCAGAUGGCUUCCAUUGCAGAUAUGGUAAGCUACUUUCGUUGGACCCAAGUCAUAGCUAUCUUCACUGAUGAGGAACAGAGUCGUAAUGGGAUCACUGCAUUGGGGGACAAGCUAACCGAGAAGCGUGCCAAGAUCUCUUACAAGGCUGUGCUUCCCCCUGAUAUAAGAGGAAAUGAGAGUGUAGUGAAACAGGAAUUAGAAAAGGUGAAAUUGAUGGAAUCUAGGGUGCUUGUUGUGCAUACUUUGUCGACUUAUGGGCCAAUAAUUUUUAAGCUUGCUGAGCAGCUUGGCAUGAUUGGUGACGGGUAUGUUUGGAUAGCUACUGCAUGGUUGCCCUCCAUCUUAGAUUUUAACCAAAGUUUAGAUACCUAUCAAAUGACCCAGGGGGUAAUCACUCUUCGGCACCAUACUCCUGACUCAUCAAGAAAAAGGGCAUUCAUCUCAAGGUGGCCUAAAUUGAGCAAAGGCGCAUUUGGGUUAAAUGUAUAUGGGUUGUAUGCCUAUGACACCGCUUGGCUGAUCGCUCAUGCAAUUGAUGCAUAUCUACGUCAAGGCAACAAUAUUUCCUUUUCAAAUGAUCCGGUUUUAUCUUCUAUUGGAGGAGGAAGUAUGAAUUUAAGUGCUUUGAGCGUCUUUGACGGAGGAACUGAGUUGCUUAAGAGAAUACUGGAAACCAAUAUGACUGGUCUGACGGGCCCAAUCUGGUACGAUUCAGACAGAAAUUUUAUAGACCCUUCUUUUGAUGUCAUCAAUAUUGUUGGUACCCAAAUGAGGCGAAUUGGAUACUGGUCAAACUACUCUGGCUUAUCUGUUAUAGAACCAGAGAUUCUUCGUAAAAGACCUCAGAAUCGUGCAAGUGCAAGCCAGAAGCUAAACAAUGUUAUAUGGCCUGGAGGAACAAAGAACACACCUCGUGGAUGGGCAUUCCCACGUGAUGGAAGAAAAUUGAAAAUCGGGGUUCCUCAUAGGGCGAGCUUUCUUCAAUUUGUUUAUCAAGACAAUCAAACUCAUGCUAUUCGUGGGUAUUGCAUUGAUGUUUUCGAAGCUGCUGUAAAGUUGCUUCCUUAUGCAGUUCCAUAUGAAUUCAUAUUAUUUGGAGACGGGCGUAAAAAUCCCAACUAUGCGGAACUUGUAAGAAGGAUCACUACGGGUGAAUUCGAUGCUGUGGUCGGGGAGAUAGCAAUUGUGACCAACCGAACGAUGAUUGUAGACUUCACACAGCCAUAUGCAGAUUCAGGACUAGUAGUAGUUGCCCCUGUUAAAAAGAUGAGCUCUAGUGCUUGGGCAUUCUUGAGGCCUUUUACACCCCUCAUGUGGGCUGUUACAGCUGUAUUUUUUCUCAUAGUGGGCGCAGUUAUUUGGAUCCUAGAACAUAGAUUAAAUGACGAAUUUCGCGGGCCUCCCAGAAAACAGAUUAUGACAAUUCUAUGGUUCAGUUUCUCAACCCUAUUUUUUGCACAUAGAGAAAAUACCGUGAGCACUCUUGGUCGGGUGGUUCUCGUCAUAUGGCUGUUUGUCGUUCUGAUCAUUCAGUCGAGCUAUACAGCUAGUUUGACAUCUUUUCUGACUGUCCAACAGCUAACAUCUUCAAUCAAAGGAAUUGACUCUUUGAUUACUGGAAAUCAGCAAAUAGGAUUCCAAAUAGGCUCAUAUGCAGAAAACUAUCUCAACGAAGAACUUAACAUUCCCAAAUCAAGGCUCAAGCCUCUUGAAUCUGCGGAAGACUAUGCCAAUGCUCUUAGUACAGGAAGAGUAGCUGCGGUGGUCGAUGAACAGCCAUAUAUCGACCUUUUUCUUUCGAACUACUGUCAGUUUGCAAUUGCGGGUCAGGAAUUCACUAAAAGUGGCUGGGGGUUUGCAUUUAAGAGAGAUUCUCCCUUAGCCCUAGACAUGUCAACGGCUCUCCUCCUGCUAUCUGAGAAUGGCAGCCUACAAAACAUAACCGACCAUUGGCUCAACAAAAAGAAAUCCUGUCGAUCAAAUCAGUCGGUAAAUGACUCCGAACAGCUUAAACUAGACAACUUCAUUGGCCUUUUUCUUAUAUGUGGUGUGGCUUGUCUCCUUGCUCUUAUUAUAUACUUCGGCAUGAUGCUGUACAAGUUCCACCAACACUUGCCGGAACAGUCAGAACCGUCAAGCCAGAGCAACUCCCGUUCUGUACGCCUUAAGACAUUCUUGUCGUUUGCUGAUAGGAAAGAAGAUUUGUCGCAGAGAAGGCUUAAGAGAAAACGCAUGUCUGCGUCGAUGCCAGGUUACGGUAGUGAUCACAUGGUCGAGGUUGAAUCUGGUGGGAAAUCAUCGAAAACUGACGAGUUUAUGAGUUAUCGAGAGAAUAGUCAAGAUCAUUGGAAUCGGUGAGAGCUUCAAAGUGAAUUCUUUUUUCGUGUGAUUAUCGACAAAAUCUAGUACUUUGCUUUAGGAAGAUAGUAUAUGUUCAACCAUGCAGCUAUUUAGGAAUUCAUGAAUGUAUACAGAGAUUAAGAUCUGCAACUGGACUUAUGACCAUCAUGUUUAUAAAAUGAUGGGCAAACCACUUCUUGUGUAAAUGGAAUUUAGAAUGAAGAUUAGAUGAAGUCCCAUUUGGUGAAUGAUUAGAAGCUACUAGUGACAUUAUUAACCUAAUUUUUGUGGUGAUGAUAAAAUUAUUUGAAAUAAGAACAUUAUAUCUGGGAUAUUAUAAGAUUCGUACUUAUUCAUGUUUUUGAAGAAUCAACUAUUCUUUGUUUUUGCUAAUGCUUGAUUAUAAGAUAUUACGGCCCUUUAUUUCAUAUUAAUAAUGUGGCUUUUUUUUUCUAGUUAGUUCAUUUGCUAAAGACUUGACGAUUAACGACACUAAUGAAAUAAACUAAUAAAAUCGCAAAAUACAAAACAACAGGCAAGCGACGAGUCAUCACCAGAAAAGCCAACUCGGCUUUCUCUCAAAGCCGACUCGGCUUUGGGUUCUAUCCCAAAAAAUCACCGCAGUAACAAGCAAUGUCUCGUCAU